AUGGCAGCCAAGCAGCUUCCACCUCUUGUGAUCGAGACGUGCAUCAUUGCAGCCACUCAGCUGGCCGUUUAUAUUGGCUACGCUGUCUAUAUAACUAUUAACCGAGGAGAAAAGACUCGGAGCUCCCUCCAGUUAGCUAUUGUUCACAUCGCAGUAGGGGUGAUUGGAGGGGUCUGGUUAACCGUGCUCAUCGGGCGACCCAGAGACGCACCGUUUCCCCGGAAAACGCUGAGCCGAGUAUCAACCGACUGGCCACCCAUUUUUGAAGUCGCGACGCAUAUUACCGCCGCCGUGCUUUUGUUCGACAUCAUUUUCUACGUACUACAUCGUCUGAUGCACACUCGACCAUUGUAUGCCCUGAUUCACUUCAACCACCACGCCUUCCACAAACCAUCCCCAUUUGCAGUGGUUUAUGCGCACCCCCUCGACUACUUCCUGACCCAGGCGCUACCUGUCAUGAUUGUAGUCAGAACUUUGGAUGCACACGUUUUGACGAUGGUUAUUGUGGGAUCUGCUGGGCUACUGGCAGCAAUGUACUCACAUUCAGGGGAUUUGGCGGGCAUCAUGAGCCACCGGCAGCAUCAUCGACAACCAAAAGAGAACUUUGGUGCCCUAGGCAUUUCGGAUACUCUCGCAGGUUGGCUGGUCAAAUUUCACUACGACCAAAACUAG